CCGCUCCUUCCGCCUGUGCCGCGGGGCCGGGCUCCGUGCGGCAGCACUGGGGCCGGGCCCCGCUCCGGCCGCGCCAUGGCGUCGUGUUCCGACAUCCUCCGCAGCGAGUUCCCGGAGCUGGACGGCGAGGUGUUCGCUUACGUGACGGGGAUCCUGCACAGCAGCGGCGCGGACUUCGAGUCGGUGGACGAGCUGGUGGAGGCGGUGGGCGAACUGCUGCAGGAGGUGUCGCGGGACGGCAAGGACGAGCGGGCCAUCCGCGAGGUGUGCCAGCGCCUCUUCAACUGCCUCCAGCUGGACGAAGCCCGGGCGCAGCGCUGCAGCCAGGUGCUGCUGGACGCCCCCAUCCAGCUCUCCCAGAUCACCGACGGAUACGAUGCCAGCACGGACCUGCUGCCAGGGCUGCUGCUGAAGAGAGGACAGACAUCGAUGGUGAACGCCAAGAAACUGGAGAAGGCAGAAGCCAAGCUGAAAGCCAAGCAGGACAAGAGGAUGGAGCGGGAUUCUGUGAAGUCAUCUGGUCCUCCAGUCCUCGAGGAGGCGACUGCCAGCCAAGCUGCCAGCAAGAAGGAGACCCGCAUGGAGUCAUCGGGCAAGAACAAGUCGUACGACGUACGCAUCGAGAACUUCGAUGUCUCCUUUGGUGAGCGGGUCCUGCUGGCAGGAGCAGACCUGAACCUGGCGUUUGGACGGCGCUAUGGGCUUGUGGGCAGGAAUGGGCUGGGGAAGACCACACUGCUGAAGAUGAUUGCCAGUCGGAGCCUGCGCAUUCCCUCACACAUCAGCAUCCUCCACGUGGAGCAAGAGGUGGCAGGUGAUGAGACGCCGGCCCUGCAGAGCGUGCUGGAGUGUGACACCACUCGUGAGAGCCUGCUGAGGGAGGAAAAGGAGCUGACUGCCAAAGUGAAUGCUGGCAGGGGAGAAGGGACGGAAGGCGCCAGGCUAUCGGAGAUCUAUGCCAAGCUGGAGGAGAUUGAGGCAGACAAGGCCCCGGCGAGGGCGUCUGUCAUUCUCGCUGGGCUGGGCUUUAACGCAAAGAUGCAGCAACAGACAACCAAAGAGUUUUCUGGAGGCUGGAGAAUGAGACUGGCCUUAGCCAGAGCCCUGUUUGCCAGGCCAGACCUCCUUCUGCUGGACGAGCCGACGAACAUGCUGGAUGUGAGGGCCAUCCUGUGGCUCGAGAACUACCUGCAGACCUGGCAGUCGACCAUCCUCGUGGUGUCCCACGACAGGAACUUCUUGAACACAGUGGCCACGGACAUCAUCCACCUGCACUCGCAGCGCCUGGACACGUACCGUGGGGACUUUGAGAACUUCAUGAAGACCAAAGAGGAGCGGCUGAAGAACCAGCAGCGGGAGUACGAGGCGCAGCAGCAGUACCGUGAGCAUAUCCAGGUUUUCAUCGACCGCUUCCGCUACAAUGCAAACCGGGCAUCCCAAGUGCAGAGCAAGCUCAAGUUGCUUGAGAAACUGCCAGAGCUGAAACCCGUGGACAAGGAGUCUGAGGUGAUGAUGAAGUUCCCCGAUGGCUUUGAGAAGUUCUCCCCUCCUAUCCUGCAGCUGGAUGAAGUAGACUUCUGCUACGACCCAAGUCACUACAUAUUCCGUUCCCUGUCUGUCUCCGCUGACCUGGAGUCCCGCAUCUGCGUGGUUGGUGAAAAUGGAGCUGGCAAGUCGACCAUGCUAAAGAUCUUAAUGGGGGAGCUGGCACCAGUCAGAGGGAUCAGACAUGCACACAGAAACCUAAAAAUUGGCUAUUUCAGCCAGCACCACGUGGAUCAGCUGGACUUGAACAUCAGUGCUGUAGAGUUGCUGGCUAGGAAGUUCCCAGGGAAGACAGAGGAGGAGUACCGGCACCAGCUGGGGAGCUACGGUGUGUCAGGGGAGCUGGCUGUGCGCCCUGUGGCCAGCCUGUCCGGGGGCCAGAAGAGCCGGGUGGCCUUUGCCCAGAUGACCAUGUCCUGCCCCAACUUCUACAUCCUGGAUGAGCCGACCAACCACCUGGACAUGGAGACCAUCGAGGCGCUGGCGAAGGCGCUGAAUAAGUUCCGGGGCGGCAUCAUCCUGGUGUCCCACGACGAGUGCUUCAUCCGCCUGGUGUGCCACGAGCUGUGGGUCUGCGAGAAUGCCACCGUCACCCGCAUCGAGGGCGGCUUCGACCAGUACAGGGACAUCCUGAAGGAGCAGUUCCGCAAAGAGGGAUUCCUAUAGGGCCGGGAGGGAGGGGGGGGCGCGGUGGCCCCCGGCUGCGCUGCUCUCUGUGCCCUCAGCCCGUGCGGUGCGAGGCCGGCGUGGGGCUGCGGGUGCUGCUCUGUGCUGGGACGAGGGAAGGCAGCGUGCCCCUCCACCGCUGUGCCCCACGCUGGGGGGCGGUUAGGGGGCAGCCCUACUCCUCUGCUCACCCCCCUUCCCCAUCAGUGGUGUUCCUCUCCCCGCCCCCCGGCACAAAGCGAGGCCUUUUGCUGCUACAAGUGCCCCCCCCUCCCCCCACCCCUGGACGCGCGGGGGUUGGGGCGCGCUUUGCCUUUCCCCCUACCCGUCCCUGGGGCUCUGUACCCCCGGGGGGGCCCUCGGGGUGCCCGCGGGCACGGAGGAGCCCGCGGUGUAAAUAAAACCGGAACGCUACGGGCGCGCUGCUCUCGUGUCUG